AUGCCAGGCCAUGAUGUUACCCCGAAUAUAGAGGGUCUUUCUGUCAAGGAAUCGACGGAUCAAAAGGUUACCCCAUGGGAUGUCUCUGGAGCUGUUGAUCAAAAUGGUGUUGCUCAAGCCAUUGAUUAUGAGAAGUUAAUUCAACAAUUUGGUACGAAACGGAUUUCAGAAGAGACGUUGGAUAGAUUUAGAAAGGUUACUGGGCAUGAGCCACAUCAUUUUAUGUUGAACAAUGUAUUUUUUAGCGAACGUGACUUUACCAAGAUUUUGGAUUUGUAUGAACAAGGCAAGCAAUUUUUCUUGUAUACUGGUCGUGGACCAUCGAGUGAUUCCAUGCAUCUGGGCCACAUGGUGCCAUUCAUUUUUUGCAAGUGGCUACAAGAUGUGUUUGACGUUCCGAUAGUGAUUGAGCUAACAGAUGAUGAGAAGUUUUUGUUUAAGCAGAAAUUAACGAUUGGUGAUGUGAAGAAGUUUGCACGUGAGAACUGUAAGGAUAUUAUUGCUGUUGGUUUUAAACUAGAGAAUACAUUUAUUUUCUCCGAUUUAGAAUAUAUGGGUAGUGGAUUUUAUGAGACUGUCGUUAGGGUUUCGAGACAGAUUACUGGUUCUACUGCCAAAGCCGUUUUUGGAUUUACUGAUUCGGAUUGUAUUGGCAAAUUCCAUUUUGCGUCCAUUCAAAUUGCUGCUGCCUUCCCAUCAUCUUAUCCUGAUGUUCUUGGGAUCCCAGAUAAGACACCAUGUUUAAUUCCUUGUGCAAUUGAUCAAGAUCCAUAUUUUAGAGUUUGUAGGGAUGUUGCUGAUAAACUUAAGUUUUCCAAGCCUUCCUUGUUGCAUUCGAAGUUUUUCCCAGCUUUACAAGGUCCAACGACUAAGAUGAGUGCUUCCGACGAGACAACAGCUAUUUUCAUGACAGAUACUGCAAAGCAAAUCCAAAAGAAGAUAAAUAAAUACGCUUUUAGCGGUGGUCAAGUUUCUAUCGAGGAUCACAGAAAAUAUGGCGGCAACCCAGAUGUCGAUGUCGCCUAUCAAUAUUUAUCAUUCUUUAAAGAUGAUGCUGAGUUCUUAAAAAAAUGCUAUGAUGACUACAAAAGUGGUGAAUUGUUGUCUGGGGAAAUGAAGAAACAUUGUAUCGAGACUCUUCAAACUUUCGUCAAGAAAUUCCAAGAACGUAGAGCUCAAAUCGAUAAUGACAUUUUGGAUGCCUUCAUGAAGCCACACAAAUUGGUUUGGAAUCAGAAGGAAAGGUUAGUUCCUCCAAAACCAAAAGAAGCCAAAAAGUAG